GCGAGUACUAGCAUAGAAGAUAGCACGCCUUUUGUCGAGAGCUCCUAGAACUUUUCUUGGUAGCUUAUUAAAUAACCCAGGAUACUUCAUAAGCGCCAGUAGCUAGCGCUUGUAGAAGAGGCGUGUCCUGUUGUGUACGCAUCUGAGGGAAUACGUCAUGGUGAUGGUCGUCCGUCAGUGGUGUGGUGUACGCGGAAAUCUUACCGAGCUGAAAUGGUCAACAGUUUUAGUGAAGUUUUGUGUUCUUGGUGUCGGAUCUGAAGUGGCUCGCUCUUGAAGAACGCAACCCACACGGCGUAAAGCUGGUGCGCGCCAAGGAAAGACGGGAAAAUAGGGCACAGUACGGAACGCAUCCAGGCAUUGCGUAUGGCAUGGCGGACGGGGGCCAGUCUACGGAGAACCCCACAGCCGAAGAGGGCACGAGUCAAGGCGGCGCAACGAAGCUGCUACGGCUGCGGAUUGUGGCAGGCCACAGUUUGGCCAAAAAAGACAUUUUUGGAGCAAGCGAUCCUUAUGUGCGAAUCGACCUUGUCAAGGCGAGGGGCGACAGCUACACGGUCUUGGAUUCACUCUACACGAAAACCAAAAAGAAGACGCUGCAUCCAAAAUGGGAUGAAGAGUUUGUGAUCAAGGUUGAUCCUCAGGAGCACAAGAUAGUCAUGGAAGUCUUUGAUGAAAACAGACUGACUCGCGACGACUUCCUGGGUCUGGUGGAGUUGCCCCUGGCGGCCAUACCUGUGGAACGACCGGGGAGGCACAUCCCUCACAAAUACUACCUGCUCCGGCCGCGCAGCAGCGCCAAGUCCCGGGUCAAGGGCCACCUGCAGGUCUACCAUGCCUACCUGCCAGACGGGGAGCAGCAAGCAGCUGAGAACGCAAACCAGAGCUCAACAGACGAGCCCUGA